CGCAGCAGCUACAAUGAUACAGACAACAUGUGUUGCUGGUUAUAAGCAUGUAUUGUACGAUCCUUAGGACAUUUACACGCAGACACACAUACACAGUCACACACACAACACUCUCGUCUCGUCUCUCUACUGUCAAUCAUGUUGUACUUGUCUUGUUCACAUACAUCCUCUAUCUCUAUCUCUCCUCUCUCUCACUCACUCACUCUCUCUCUCCUCUCUCUCUCUCUCUCUCUCUUUCUCUCACUCUCACUCUCACUAUCUGUUCUCAUCCAGGGGGUAAAGGGUGACUCUGGCGUCCCAGGAGACAAAGGAGAUCAAGGAGAUCCGGGUCAGCCAGGUGGAGACGGGGCCUCUGGGAUGAAAGGACAAAAGGGGGAAGAGGGCCUAAGAGGACCACCAGGACCGGUGAUGACAGCUCAUGGACUGAGACAUCUGUCUGGCUCUGAGGCUGAAUCAGGAGAGGCGUGCCAGAAAGGAGAAACGGGUGAUCCAGGACAAAGAGGACUCCAAGGACCACAUGGUCUCAAGGGAAGCCUAGGACUACCAGGUCCAAAGGGAGAGCCCGGCCCAGAGGGUAAAGAAGGUCCUCAUGGACUCAUCGGACUCCCAGGGAUUGCAGGAGAGACGGGAUCGUCGGGGGACAAGGGACCACCUGGUAGAGACGGUCUUAAAGGAAUCAAGGGGGACUCUGGAGGUGUGAUGGGACCCCAGGGCCUGCCUGGACCCAAGGGAGAGCCUGGAGAGCCAGUAGCUGAACAUCUGGGAGAGGGGAUGACAUCUGGACCCAGAGGAUCACGAGGGCCAAAGGGUGAGCGUGGCGUCCCUGGUGUACCAGGAGACCUAGGGGAGAAAGGAGAGCCUGGUCUGGGCGUUGAAGGACCUCAUGGCCCCAUGGGACAGAGAGGAGAGAGAGGAUUUGAGGGCCCUCGUGGACCCUCCGGAUUCUCAGGCCCUGCUGGGACCCCGGGGAGAGAGGGAUCCCCUGGUCGAGAAGGUCCCCCAGGUCCACCUGGCCCCGCGGGUCAACCAACUGCCUUGCCAAUUGUGGGAGAUAUGAGCUCUUUACUCAAGAAUGCCUGCACUGUGUGCCAGACCAGAGUGCCAGGUCUGCCUGGGCAGAAGGGCGAGAAGGGAACCUAUGGAGCGACAGGAGUGCAAGGCAUGGUGGGAGAAAAGGGGGAUCCAGGAGUGCGAGGACCUCUCGGUAAUCCUGGGAAAGAAGGUCCAAAGGGGAUGAAAGGAGAGAGAGGAUUCCCUGGGCCUAGUGGAGACAAAGGAGACGAGGGCUCUCCUGGAGUUCCAGGCAUUCUGGGUGCAACAGGCCGUACUGGAGACCCUGGUGUCAUGGGCAGACCUGGGCCAAUGGGUCAGCCUGGAACAAAGGGAGAGCGGGGAAGUGACGGCUCCCCUGGAAGGCCAGGACUACCAGGCCCCCCAGGUGUCCCCUAUGUGGAGGGCAAUGGGAUGAGCAGUCUGUACAAACUGCAGAGUGGAGGAGCCAUCUCAGGACCCCCUGGACCACCAGGUGCACCAGGCCCCAAAGGAGACGAGGGAAGAGUGGGAGAUCCCGGAUCCAUGGGUUUACCUGGACUAGAAGGACUACCUGGAGCCAAGGGUGAUCUGGGGAUACCUGGAACCCCUGGAGUACCCGGGCCUUCAGGGAAACCUGGAGCUCGCGGUGAUUCGGGGAUCCCUGGGGAACCGGGUGAGAGGGGCCCGCUGGGGGAGACAGGAUUCCCAGGUCCUGAGGGACCCCAAGGUGCUCCUGGGAGGCCCGGGAAAGAUGGACUUCCUGGGUACGAGGGAGCCACAGGUAGACUAGGAGACAGAGGAUCCAAGGGAGAACGGGGGGACCCAGGGAUACCUGGAGCGAGGGGAGUCCAAGGGGAGAGGGGAAGGACAGGAGACCCAGGGAUAGUGGGACCUAUCGGGCCCCAAGGCCACCGAGGAGACCCUGGUCCUCCAGGUCCAAUAGCAUCACCAAGCCCUCUGAAUGAUGCCAAUUCCAUGGAAGAAAUUAAAAUGUUUAUCCGGAAUGAAGUAUUGCGGUUGUUUGAAGAGAGACUAUCAAGCCAUGCCAUGCAGAAGACGCCGGCGGCCAUUUUAGCGGCGCAGGUUCGACAGGGUUCUCCCGGUCCCCCUGGCAACAACGGAUCCCCAGGGCCUCCAGGGGAAGAAGGCCCCCCCGGCCCUCAAGGGUACAGAGGUCAGAAAGGAGAGAGGGGUCAGCUAGGUCUGGGGAUACCAGGAGCUCCAGGUCUGGCAGGUCCACCAGGUGAACCUGGAAGCAGUAUCCAGGGGCCACCGGGCCCUUCAGGUUCCCAGGGACCUCAUGGUAAAUGUGAUCCCAGUGACUGUCUCCAUCCAUCCUCUCACUCCAGACGGAACGGCUAGGGGGCCCCCCCUCAACUGAUAGGGGAAACCUUCAACGAAUAAGGGCCCUCUCAAUGGCUAGGGCCCAGGUGCCCCCUCCACCCAAAUCCAGCCUCCAUCUCUCUACAGCAGUCAACCAUAGGCACAGGAGCCGGGCGUGUGGAGCCUGAUCCCUCAGACAGCUCAUAUCAGACAGACAGUAUCGUCCUUGUGGUCAGUUUUACAUUGAAAACACUCAUCCUCUGUUACUGCUUUACAUGGGAAAGACUCACAGCCAGAAAUAGAUACAAUAUGUAUCUCAACACAAUGGAGUAGGAUGAAAUUGCCCAUAGAUGCUGAUCUUGGGUCAGUUUUGCAAUUUCCCCACUAAUUGUUAAGGUUGCAUUGGGGGAGGGGAAGCUGAUCCUAGAUCUGUACCUAGUGGAAACUUCACCCUGGAGCCCUUACAACCGCCUUUCGGUUUUCAUACGACCAUAGAAGCAUUGAAAUUCAAUUAUUUGUUACUUUACGUUGAUGGUUAUUCUAUUCAUUUUAAAUGUGUUACAGUCCAUUAUUAUUGUCAUUAUAGCU